AUGUGGUUGGUGGUGGCCACUCACUACAGCAGUGACAACUCGCCACUUGUGGUUAAUACUGUAGCGAUACUCCUGCUUAAGUCGAAAAAUGAUGAAGACGUUAAAGAUGAUGAGCAAGAUUCUUUGACUGGGACAGAUGAUGACGGUGUUGUGCCCAUUAAGGUGGAAGAGGACGAGUUUUUUACAGAAUUGAAGAAUUUUUCUCUUGAGGAUGAUAACUAUUUGGAUUUAGAACAUGAAGAAUUGAAAAAGGCAAAUAAAAAGAAAAUUAAGAAAGUACAAGACACUUCUGAAGAUAAUGAUGAUGAAAUAUUAGCGUUGAUAAACUUCACGUCCAUAAGAGACGAAAACGGUACAUUCGUUCACAGUUGUAACGUCUGCAAGAAGAACUAUGCGACCAAAGGAGCGUUUACGAAACAUUACAGACAAAUACAUCUUAAAUUACGUAAAGAACGUCUUUCUUGUCAUUUGUGCGAUGAGAAAAUAACGAAAUAUACGAAAGCUCAUCAUUUAGAAUCGAAACAUGGUAUAGCCGCUCCGACUUGUAAUGUAUGCGGAAAGAAAUUCGCAUUUCCUUACGAAGUGAUAACCCACCAACGUUAUCAACAUAUGGGAGAAAAGAGAUUUCGAUGUGAAGAAUGUAGCAAAUGUUUUGGAUCCAAAUUAUUAUUGAAAAAUCAUCUUGUCUCGCAUUCUACGACUAGAGAUUAUAUAUGCAACAUCUGUGGUAAAGCAUUUAAAACUGAGGUAGCCCGAAGUACUCAUGUUAAAAUACAUGAUAAAAACAAACCACAUAUUUGUAAUAUUUGUGAUAAGGGAUUUAAAACUGAAACAGCCCUACAAUUACAUGUUAGGAUACAUCUUAAUAUAAGACCCCAUGUUUGUCACAUCUGUAAUAAAGCAUACACUGAACCGGGAAGUCUAAGAGUUCACAUAAGGAGGAAACAUUAAAAGUCACGGAUAACGAAAUGAUCGUGUUCUUAUACUGUCAUAUAAAGUUGUAAUUAGAGUAAGAUAUUUGGUGUAACCGUUAAAAAA